AUGGCCAUUGGGGCCAAGCACAAGUGCAACUUUUGCAACCAACCUGCCCCUGUGGCUCUCUGGGUUGACAAGGAGACAGGAGAGCUCCCAGUCGCCUGCAAAACCUGCGGAAUUCGCUACUGCUCCCACCGAUGUCUUGACAAGGACAAGUUUCGCCAUGUGAGAUCGUGCGACGGCUUGGUUGAAGCCAAAGAGAAUCUCUGUGGAGUUUGUGGGCUGCAGGCCGAGUUGAGGUGCUCACGUUGCAAGCUUAUCCACUACUGUUGCAAGGAACACCAGAAGGUCGACUGGAGAGUACAUAAGAAGAACUGCCCACCUUCGCAGAAGUGA